AUGAUCAAAAAAGUUGUGAGAGAUGGACCUCUUCAGGAUGAACUCCGCCUUCACAUUAAUUUGCUUCCACUUCUUGUAUGUGCUGCUAUUUUCCGAUCCGUCAAUAGGAGGACUUGUGUAACUACCAUUAACAACAUCUCACAAAUCCUCUCCCACAAGUAUGCUGUUCUCCCAAAAGCUAAUAGAUGUUCAUAUGAAGAAACUUGCACGAUGGGCUACAGUUUUGGAUAUAGUCCAUCAAAUAGGCACUUUAAAGUCAUCAGAAUUGUGACUCAGCUACGAGUAGGUUGUGAAGCUCUAGCAAAAGCUGAGAUCUUUGCUCUCGGACACGAUGAAACAUGGAGGAAUUUGGAUGUUUCUUCCAUCCAGUACUAUUUUCAGUCUAGUGCAAUUACACUUGGUGGAACUCUUCACAGGAUAGUUGGAAAAUAUGAAUGCACAAUCCUUAAAACAAUAACAGAUAUUAGUACUGAUCUUAUAGUUGGAUUUGACAUUGAUGAAGAGAGGUUCAGGACAAUUCUUUUGCCCUCUGCCCUGGAAAAUCAAAAGAAAGAAAUGAGGCUAACAAGUGUUGGAAAUUGUCUCUGUAUAGCUAAUUAUAAUGAGAAUAUAUUUCAGAUUGAUGUAUGGAGAAUGAAAGACUAUGGAGUUUCUGAGUCAUGGCCAAAAACCUGCAUUAUUUCGACUACUUGGUUAAAUGAGUAUAGUUUUUCAUUUGCUCCACUUAUGAUUGGAAUAUCAGAAAAUGAAGACACCAUUUUGAUAUCAGAUCUAGACAAUCCCUGUUUGAUUUCUUAUAACUUGAAGAAUAAUCGUUGGAGUAAACUUGAGGUGCAAGGUACAGUUUUAUAUGGAUAUUUCUUGCCAUUUGCCUAA